CAGAUCUACAUUAAUUGUUUACUUUAUUUUCCAUUGUUUAUAAAACAAUGUUUGAGGAAUAAGGUAAUCAAAUAAUUCGAUAAAAGAUUUAUUAAAUAUUAAGUAAUAAUAAACUUUUUUAAGAUAUUCAUUCACUUUUCUAAUUAGUUUAAAAUGUCAGAAACAUUUUUAAUAAAGAAGAAGAAAAAUGAAAUUAUUAAAAAAAAGAUAAAUAAGAAAAAGCAGCCAUUAAAAUAAAUUGAAUAUAGUUUUUAACUGACUAAAGAAAUAAAUACUCGAAAUGUAUUCUAAAUAGCUGGAGAUAUUACAAUAAAUAUUGAUUCACUUUUGAAUCAGGAUUAUCUAUUCUCAAAUUUUAAUGUAAAUGAAUUUCUUUAGGUCAAAUAGGUCAAAAUGUAGCAUGACUUAUAAGUAAUCGAUAUUUAAAUGGAUACAGAUAUACAAGUAAGAAAUGAUAUGUCGAUUCCUAUCCAAUUUAUUAGGCGUAGUCAACGCUAAGACCUAUCUCAUCUUGCAGAAGCAAUUGAAUAAUUUUAAAAGGUAUAAAAUGAAAAGAGAAAGCUAAAUUCUAAUUUAUUAUCUUCAUAAUAAAUACAACAAAAUACCUGCUAACCAGAGUCUUUAACUGAAAUUUGUUGUAAUGAAGAUAAUGGGUGGAACUUUGAAAAAAGUCUUGAAAAAGCAGAAAAAGUUAUCAAUGAUUUAAAAGAAAAGAUGAAAAGUUCAGACAUGCAUUAUAGCUUUGUAUUAUCUAAAGGGAAUAAGUAUGACUAAAGUGUUUAUAGGGUAGGAAACUCAACAAAAAUUUUAAAAGAUUUCUUCUGCUUAAAUAAUGAUCAAAUAGCUUAUAUAAGCAAUAGAAAGCCAACUUUAUUUUUCUUCAAGCAUCAACAUUAGCUUAUUACUUAUUUAAUUGGUAGAAUUAAAACCUAAAUCAUGUUUUUAAUGAAUGACAAAAAUGUUUUAGAUUCAUUCAGAUCAGAACCUAAAUUGCUCUCAGAAAAUACAAUUGCUAUUUCAAGUGUCGAUAAUUUAGUUGUUGAAGUUUAAAUACAAACAUAUUUAUAUAUUUUAAGUAACUAUCAAAAUUAAGUGGAUGACAUUCUAUGGUUAACCAUAUAAAAGCCUAUUCGAGAUUAAUCGCCUUAAGAAGUUUUAAAGGGAUUGAGAAAUCUAAAAAAAUAUCUAAAUGAAUAAUAAGAAAGCUCUAAACUUAAUCCUUUUUACAAUGGACAACUUUACUCUGAUAUUAUUUAUGAAGCAUAAUCAGAGUUAUUUAGAGAUAAAUUCUAUUCCUUAGUUGAUAGCAAUUUGUAUCACUAAGUAUUAGAAAGCUUAUGAAAUAAAACAUUUUAGUAUAUUUUUAUAAUUUAUUAGUUUAAAAAAAAAUGCAUUUAUUAUCUUUGUAAUAUGUUAAAACACAAAUGUUCAAUUUUUUUACCUCAA